AUGUUAUCUGUAAUAGCAAGUAUUAUAAGCUCUGCUUUGGGUUUAGUGUUGAAUAAAGCUCGCACAACAGCAACAGACAAGCUCAAAGACGGUGAUAUCACGGAUGAGAAAUUGCGAGAUGUAAUCAACGAAGACUUGAACGAUAUCAAGGCAAAACUCGAUGCACUCUCGCGAAAAGAUUUACUCGCAAGUUAUUGCUUUCUGAAAGAGGGUGUAGUUUCACUCAAUCUCGCACUCGAUGAAGCAAAAGACGAACAGACAAGUAAAGACGACACAAACGGUGACCAAAAUGGCGGAAGUCGAACAACAGCAGCAACCACAAGAAACGAAAGCGAGUCUGGAGUUCUGAACGAAGCCAUCGCUCUCUCACACGCCAUUCAAAAGCUAAACAACACGUCAAAUGCUCGACUUGUUUCUGCAAAAGAAUGCUUCAAAGCAGCACGCGAGAAAGCAACAGAAGCAUUCUGUAACGAAGCCUUGAGCUUGCCAGAUAGAAUCAUGGCGGUAAAACUACGUGUUGUCUCGAAGAUUCUGGAAUGUCUUCAAGACACAAAAGUAGCGGCCGAUGGUUGCAUGUUGUUCUUGGAAGAGCUUCAUAAUCUGCCAAUCGGAGAAACAUUUUCCACAUAUUUCAAAGGAGGGAUAAAGUCAAGAUUCUACAAAGAUUCACGAUUAGAAAACGUGAAAUCUGUCCUCUCUUUGAACUUUGCUAUAUCAGAAUUUGUUGCGAGGUUUUCUGGUGAGUUACCUAACGUCAGAAACUGGCCCAGAAUACACCUGUCUACCAGAGAAACGAUCCACCCGCUACUUCUUGAUGUUGAUGUUGUGAAGGACAUUUUUGACAAGGAUGAAUUUCAACCGCCAGGAAAUCAAAUAAUUUUAUCUAAAAUAGAUGUUUCCUAUACCUGUAUUAUAAAUAGCAAAGGGCAGCUUCUAACUUUAUUAUAUGAUGAGGCGCAUGUAUUGAACGGAUCAGGCGAAACUAAAACAUUUUGUCGAAUUCUAUCAACUAGAGCAAACCUUGAACCUCUGAUCGUGUUUAGAAGAGUGGCGUUAGUCAUCGAUCGUGACGAUAAGGUUUUUGUAAUUAAAUACUUUAAAGAUUGUACCAGUGGGAAAUGUGUGUACGUCCUGUUCGUUUUCGAUUCCAGUGGUAAUAGGCAAUACGAACGUGUGUUACACUUCCUUAAAUGUGAGACAGCGGAAGAGAUUAACUGUGUGAUAAACAACGAUGGCGAUAUUAUAAUCCACUUUUUGGAUGCCUUCGAUCUUUAUGUCUGCGACAACAGCGGCAAUCUGAAAUCUACCUUGUCACUUGAAAAACAUCCAAGUGAUGGUACACGCGGCUUCUUCCGAUGUGCCAGUGUCACUAACCAGAAUGAAAUAGUUAUGAUUGCAGGUAACAAAGUGUUCGUUUACACUAAAGAGGGGAAGUUGAAGCGAACGAUAAUUGUAAAGAGUCGUAUUGCUGCAGUAACUUUCAACUAUGCUACAUCAAAUUUAGAAAUAAUGGAAUACGGAGAAUCCUUUGGAACAAGGCUGUCGUUCUGUAUUCGUACUUACUCAGAGAAUGAUGAAGUUGGAUGUUUGUAUUUACCAAUAAACGAAUGGUAUCCGUUGAAGGCGUAUUGCUCACAUCCUACCGGUCCUGCAGCGUUUAUAUACAGGAGUUGGAGCGACGUGAACAAGAUAAUAUUUCUUUAA